CGUCUUCCUGAAACCAUGGCUUUCCCUGAGGGGUUUGCAUGGGGGGCAUCCACCUCAGCUUAUCAAGUGGAAGGAGGCUGGGAUGCAGAUGGAAAAGGCCCUAGUGUCUGGGACACAUUCACCCAUCAGGGAGGAGAGAGAGUUUUCAAGAACCAGACUGGCGAUGUCGCUUGUGGCAGCUACACUCUGUGGGAGGAAGAUUUGAAAUGUAUCAAACAGCUUGGAUUGACUCAUUACCACUUCUCUCUUUCCUGGUCACGUCUGUUACCUGAUGGGACGACAGGUUUCAUCAACCAAAAAGGAAUUGACUAUUACAACAAGAUCAUUGAUGAUUUGUUAACAAAUGGCGUGACACCCAUAGUGACGCUCUACCACUUCGAUUUGCCUCAGGCUUUGGAAGACCAAGGCGGUUGGUUGUCAGAGGCAAUCAUUGAAUCCUUUGAUGAAUAUGCACAGUUUUGCUUCAGCACAUUUGGCGAUCGAGUCAAACAGUGGAUCACCAUAAAUGAGCCUAAUUUAUUUGCGCUGUUGACAUAUGACUUUGGUGUGUUUCCUCCUGGUGUACCUCACCAUGGAACUGGAGGCUAUCUGGCCACUCAUAAUUUGAUUAAGGCCCAUGCCAGAUCCUGGCACAGCUACGAUUCCUUAUUCCGAAAAGGGCAGAAGGGUAUGGUCUCCCUGGCACUUUUUGCUGGCUGGGUGCAACCAGCAGAUCCCAACUCAGCAUCUGACCAGGAAGCUGCUCAAAGGGCCAUGGCUUUCCAUUUGGAUAUCUUUGCAAAACCCAUAUUUAUUGAUGGCGACUAUCCUGAAGUUGUCAAGUCUCAGGUUGCCUCCAUGAGUAAAAAGCAAGGCUAUCCAUCAUCAAGGCUUCCAGAAUUUACAGAAGAAGAGAAGAGAAUGAUCAAAGGCACGGCUGAUUUCUUUGCUGUGCAGUAUUAUUCAAGUCGUUUAGUCAAGUACCGGGAGAACGAUAAAGGAGAACUGAGUUUUCUCCAGGAUGUAGAGAUUGAAAUUUUCCCAGACCCAUCUUGGAUAAAAUUGGAUUGGAUCUGUGUGGUGCCAUGGGGACUACGUAAACUACUGAAUUACAUUAAGGAUACGUAUAAUAACCCUGUAAUUUACAUCACUGAGAAUGGGUUUCCCCAGGGUGACCCUGCAUCUCUCGAUGACACUCAGCGCUGGGAGUAUUUCAAACAGACAUUUCAGGAACUGUUCAAAGCUAUCCAGCUUGAUAAAGUCAAUCUUAAAUUAUAUUGUGUGUGGUCUCUUCUGGAUAACUUUGAGUGGAACCAGGGGUACAGUAUUCGGUUUGGUCUCUUCCACGUUGAUUUUGACAAUCCGGCAAGACCCCGAGUCCCUUACACGUCAGCCAAAGAGUAUGCGAAGAUCAUCCGAAACAAUGGCCUGGAAGAACAUCUGUAAGAAGGAUGGCUGGACAAUAUCACUGGGAGACGAGGCCUCGGCUUUUGGAAAGGAAAUCUGCUUUGGUGAUUCCCCAGACAAUUUUAAGUUGCCUUUGUGAUCAACAGGUCCUGCCUUGUGAUCCGUGAUUGUGAAGUAUGAAUAGGUAAUGCAUGAGGAUGGAUUUAAUGAUGGCUUUUACUGUAUUUGCAUUCGGAUCAAUGAGGCUUUAAAAAAAAUAGAACAGUAAACCACUGAAAUUGAUUUUUAUAUUAAGAAAUCAGAUAGACUUAGAAACUUCAAUUUAAAUCCUUAAAAUUUUUCUAGAAAAAAAAUAAUGCAAAAUUUAUAAACAGUAUGUUCAUGAUUUGCAUCUUUAACAGCAGACCACUUAUAAGAAGACUUGUUUAAGAGCUUAUGUUUUUCUCUUUUUUCUGGUUACAUAAGAUAUGGUUUGCUAUUAGAUCCAUUGUCAUGUGGUCCAUAAUUUUUCUACUAUUUAAUCUAAUGUAAAAAUAUCAAAAUUAAAUGUUAGUCACAUUAUAUAGUUAUGCAUUCCAUUCACCAAAGGGGUUAAUAGAUAACCUGUUUAAUAAAAUGGAUUUGUUGAUGUAUUUGGCACAUAUUUUAUCUAUGCAUGAGCAAGUACGUCUUUCUCUUGCCUGAUGAACUUUCAAAAAAUAAUAAAUGAAUACAACAAAUUAGACCGUAAAUGGCAGAAACAGUAUUUGAGUGUUGAUGUUUAUGAGAAACUGGAUUCCUACUCCACAGUGACAUCAAUUGAAAAGCAAAAUAACAAGCAAGGGCAUGGUCUCUACUUUGGGGUAUUUUAAAAAAUGUAAGAUGCAUAAAGAACAUUGAUGAACACAUGAAAUGCAUACAUCAAUUGAUUGUCCCACAUGAGUGUAAGCAAAGCGGGGGUGGGGUUCAUUACACUGGUAGCUGAAAUGUCUUGAGAUGCAUACAGGGUUGAGUGGAGUUGGACAUUUUACUGAGCUUCCUUAGUAAUAGACGUAGGGCUCUCUCUAGACUUCAUAUCUCCACUCCAGCAAACCUCUCACAUAUGUGGAAUCGGGACCCUCACAUCCAUAUUUAAGUAGUAUCUACUAAAUACUCGUUUGUGUAUCAGGCUUGAAGCUAAGAGGUACAUAUUAUCACCCCCCUUUUGCAGACUGAGAAAUUGAGGUCACCCUGAUGUACAUCUUCCUGAAGUCACAUUAGUUCAUGUUUCCUGGACCCAACACUUCUUUGGCAUCAGCUCUGUUCUCUGUCCAGCGCACCCAUGGGUUGGGUGCCAUGGAAGCCUUCUCUGCAUUUUUUGAAUAGAGGAAAACCGAAGCAGAGGUGUGGAGUUAAACCUUAUGCAGGAGGAAGUGGGGAAGGUGGUUUUCUGUAUCCUCAGUCUGCUUGCUUGAAGAAACUGCACAUAGUUUGCCAUUCUCAUAAGGCUUUUGGCCCUCAGCAGAUGCUAUUGUCAUUUUUUUUAAAACUGUGGUCAAUUUCUGGAUCAUUUUCAUGUUCAUAUUCAGGGAAUUAUUUACAGCAAAGAACACUUGCGGUAACUUUGGACAGAAUGAGAAAGAAAUGGCUAUAGUAGUUCAAUAAAUGUGGAUGCACAGGGGGAAAUUAUAUGGAGAUUA